AUUGCCUUGCGCGUAUAUUCCCGUUCAAUUUCAAGUCUUAACAACUGCGGUUUCGAUUAGCGAUUUUGGGCGUUGGAUCUAUCUCCUUUACAAUCUGGCCCAUGAAAAAAAAAAAAAAAAACUUUACAAUGGUUUUUGAAAAAUCAGUCACUUUGCCAGCGGAUGUUUAGUUGAUCACAUUUCGAGAUCUUUUUUUCUAUUUUUCUGGGGGUCACCUUUUUUUGUGUGUUUAUAUGUUCUAAUUUUCCCUCGGGCAUUUUGUUGAUGCAUUGAUGUUGGACUGCUGUUGAUCAUUUUAGUUUCGGCUUGAAUUUUAAUAUAUUAUAAAUGCUCUUUUGGAUUCGAACUAAAAUGGCCUCUUUUAGACAACCCUCCACAAUUAUUCGAUAUUUAUCCGCACUUUCGCCUUCCGAGAAAGUUGAAAUGGAAAACGGGAAUCAGUACCAGGAAGUUUCAAACGUGAAAUAUGAUUGUCUUUUAUUUGAUCUUGAUGACACCCUUUACCCUCUGAGCUCGGGCUUGGCGGUGCACGUGAGAAAAAAUAUUCAAAAGUACAUGCUUGAAAAGCUUGGAAUUGAGGAGACUAGAGUUCCUGAUUUGAACGUUUCAUUGUAUAAAACUUAUGGGACAACUAUGGCUGGUCUCAGGGCUAUCGGGUAUGACUUCGACUAUGAUGAUUUUCAUAGUUCUGUUCAUGGGAGAUUGCCGUAUGAUACGCUGAAACCUGACCCUGUCCUCAGGGGCAUAUUGCUAAGCCUGCCACUUCGGAAAAUUAUUUUCACUAACUCAGACAAAGGACAUGCGGUUAGAGUGCUCCAUAGGCUUGGAUUGGAGGACUGCUUUGAAAGAGUUAUAAGCUUUGAGACACUGAAUCCCUCCAACUGCGGCCAUCCUCACACUGAUUUAGAUGGCAACAAAUCUGCAACAUUUGAUUUUUACCAGUACAUGCGCCAGCCUCAUUCUGAUAUGGUGCUUCCAAAGACCCCUGUUGUUUGUAAACCAUUGGAAGGUGCAUUUGAAAGGGUUUUUGAGAUGGCCGAUAUCAACCCUCAGAGAACAUUGUUCUUUGAUGACAGUGUCCGCAAUUUACAGACAGCGAAACGCUUGGGCCUCCACACAGUCUUGGUGGGUGCUUCCCUUAGGACUACAGGAGUGGAUCAUGCAUUAGAGAGCAUCCAUAAUAUUAGGGAGGCGUUUCCGGAGCUCUGGGAAGCCGAUGAGAUGCAUGAAAGGGUCAGGUGCUCAAGAAAGGUUGCAAUGGCGACGUCAGUAAUAGCUUAGCUGCGAUUUCCAUUUCUUUAAGUCUUGCUGUGGCAUCAAUAUAUCGUUGUUAAGAUGAAACAUAUUUUAGGAAACUGAACAGUUAUCAAUUUUUGGUUUUUGUAUGCAAUGAAACUAUAAUCGUGCAUGCAAUGAAGUUGCAAUUCUGUGUCAUCGAGCUUUUAUUCGGUAAUACAAUGAACAUUAGCAGUAA